CGUUGUGAACUCAUAGGUGGAGUUCCUCUCUGUCAACCACAGAAGAAGAAGUGAAGGCGCUACAGGGAAAAGCAAAAUGUCUGCCCCGAAAACCAUCCCUAAAGAUGCUCAGGUGAUGAUCCAGAUCCUGAAGGACAUGGGGAUCACAGAGUACGAGCCUCGAGUCAUCAACCAGAUGUUGGAGUUCACCUACAGAUAUGUGACGACCAUCAUCGAAGACGCCAAAAUCUACGCCACACACGCCAAGAAGUCCAACGUGGACGCUGACGACAUCAAACUGGCGAUUCAGUGCCGUAUGGACCAGUCGUUCACAUCGCCGCCACCACGAGACUUCCUUCUGGAAGUCGCCAGACAGAAAAAUCAGACUCCUCUCCCGCUAAUCAAACCAUACACCGGACCUCGACUUCCUCCAGACCGCUACUGUUUGACGGCGCCGAACUACAGACUCAAAUCUUUGCAGAAGAAGGUGUCGUCGUCUGCCAGCAGGAUAUCUGUGCCACGCCUCAGCGUCGGCGCUGUCUCCAGCAGACCGAGCACGCCAACCCUCGGGACGCCAUCUGUUCAGUCGGUCACCACCAAAGUGGGCGCUCCCGUGUCUCUGACAGGUCAGAGGUUCACCGUACAGAUCCCACCACCCUCUCAGACGGCAACCACCAAAACCACGACACCAUCUACGCCGGCCGUCUCCAACGUCCUCAUCAACCCAUCUCUGAUUGGCUCCAAAAACAUCCUCAUCACCACCAACAUGGUGUCUCAGAACUCCGGAGGAGAGUCUCUGAAGAGGAAACACGAAGAUGAUGACGACUACGACGCUCUAUGAACACAUGACUCCACGACCCCCUGAUUUUUUUUAUUAACAACCCUAAAAACGGAUCGAUAGUCGCUUCUGUUCAUCACAAACUGAUCCAGAUCAUGUUGGUUUAGUUUUCUAGAACUUUAAUUUGCAGAGGAGAAGAACCGAGGCGUUUUACCUGGACUGGGAGCAGACCAGAGCUCCCAGUCUGCAGACGGAUUGCUCUGACGUUUCACUGAUUUACAAUAAAGUUUGUUCAAAUCAAA